AUGGUGGCCGAUGUGAAGAAAAUGAAAGUUAGCGAACUUCGCGAGUCGUUGUCCAAAAGAGGUUUGGCCACUGAAGGUCUCAAGGCCGAUUUGGUGAAUCGAUUGCAAGCAAGGUUAGACGAGGAGGAGUUUGGGCUUGUGGACGCCCCAACAGUGGCGGGAACCCCUGCUGUAGUGGCAGUAGCGAAAACGAUGGAAGCAACAACUACGAAGGAAGCGCUCGCGCCUAAAGAACAAGAGAAUCCUGCAGAGGAAAAGCCAGCGGAGGAAGAGAAAGCUGAUGAAUCAAGUGGUAAGGAUAAAGCUGAUGCCAAGGCUCCUGAGGAAGCUGCAACCGAGGCUGAAGAGAAGACACCGGUAGAGUUUGGAAAGGCUAUUAAUACCAAGUUUAUGACAUUCGAGGAUAGGAAGAAGGCAAGAGCAGCACGAUUUGGAAUUAAGGAAGCUGAAAAACCCGCUGGUGGAAAAAAGAACAAGAAAAGGGAUAAUCCAAGACGUGGCAAUGGUGAUAAAGCUGUCGAAGGUGGAAAAGGAGGAGUCAAGAAGAACGCUAACAAGCGACAAAAGACUGAACCCAAGAAGUCCAACAAGCCAGAGCCAAAGAAAAAGCCAGAACCAAAGAAGGAGCAAUUUGAGUCAUUGUCGAAAGAAGAGCUUGAGAAGCGCUUGGAUAGAGCCAAGAAAUUCAAUCUUCAGAAUCCGACUGUAGAUGCGAUGAAAGCAGCACUUCGAAAGCAUCGUUUUGACGCACAAGAAGCCAAGGAAGCAAAGGAAGCAAAGGCGACAGAGUAA